AAUGUCAGAGGAACACCAGAGCUUGAGAUACAGAGCAGUAUUAAUGUGAGACCCUUGAUUUACAGUCACUCUGGGGAGAUCACUGUCGUGGAUGGCUGGAUUCAGAGCAAAACCAUAUGGCCACAGUCUGCCACUGGAUAUUUUGCCCAUCCGCGCUACAUGCAGUUUCUAAAGCAAGGUCCCUUUUUAAAAAAAUCAGUUUUUUACUUAUUUUGUUCAAACUCUGUGUUGAAGCGGGAAUUAUUCUUUCGGAACGAGUGAGGUAAUGAAGCACUUCGAGAGUCUUCCUGGCUCACUGCUCUUUUUGAUGACCCUGGUUCCUCUCAGUCUGGGUGAUAGAUUCACCUUGUUGAUCUCGAUGCCAAACACCUCCAUUCCUUUCAGUAUUGGUCGGAUUGGGGCUGGCGCUCUUAUCGCUAUCAGUUCUGUAAACAGCAGUCCGGACCUUCUGCGAGGUCAUCAUCUGGAUUACCAUUAUGUGGACGAUGAAUGCAAUGAUCUGCGUGGCCCUGGGAAAAUUGUGGCGCUUUACCAUAAACACAAAUACAGUGCUUUCAUCGGACCUUCUUGCUCAAAUGUCUGCGCAGUGACUGCUAAACUAGCAGCUUAUUGGAACAUUGCUGUCAUCAGUCCAGUAUGUGCUGAUCAACAGUUUCUAGAUAAGAAGGACUAUCCGACCUUAACAAGAGUGUUUGGACCUUUUACUAAACUAGGGGCUUUCUUUGUGGAAAUCUGUAAGCAGUUUGGCUGGCAGCGCAUCAGUAUUGUGUAUGACAUUAAACAGAUCUGGGCUAUUUCUGCCGAGGGGAUCAGGUAUCAAGCGGAGCACAAUAACAUCACAGUGGCCAAGUAUCAAGAAAUCCAUGGCUCUCUUUCUCAAGGGUCCUUGUCGACCUGGUCCUGGGUCUUAACUGAGGUGGCACGAGUCUCUCGCAUUAUUGUGAUAUCAGCACAUGGCAAGGUGGUCCGCAGUUUGCUAAUUGAAGCUCACAAGAAAGGCCUCACCAACGGAGAUUUCGUUUUCUUUUGCUUCGAGCCAUACAAGCAAAAGGUGCUAUUUGGCAGUUUUGACUGGAAACAAGGUGAUGGAUAUGACUCAGUAGUCAAGCAAGCUUAUCAGGCUCUGUUUUUCCUGUCUCUGUAUAAACCCAGUGAUAAACGGUAUCAGGCCUUCUCAGAGAAUGUCAUCAGAAGGUCCAAAAUAGACUUUGGCUAUACAUAUGCUACUAAUGAAAAGGUGUCAUUCCUAGCAGCCAUAGCCCAUGAUAGUGUCUGGCUGUAUGCCCAGACAUUAAACAAAACUUUGGCAGAAAAAGAAAACCCAUAUGACGGCUUAGCCAUCACUAGACGAAUGUGGAACAGAACCAUUACAGGGAUUCAAGGAGAUGUAACUAUUGAUGCGAGUGGAGACCGUGAGUUAAAUUACAUGAUGAAACAAUUCCAAGGCGUUAAUAACCAGUGUCAGGUCAUUGCAAACUAUUUUGGGACUUAUAAGGCAGUACAAGGGGUUCAAAUCAAGUGGCCUGGAGGACGGACAACUCCUCCCAAAGACUCUCCAGACUGUGGCUUUCAAGGAGAACUCUGCAUCAAUCUAGAGAGAAAAUUCUUGAUUGCUUUGGGGAUUAUUGUUGGCUUGGUGGCCGCAGGGACCCUUGCAGUCUGUGUUUUAUACAGGAAGUUCAAACUCCAGGAGGACGCCUCCAAGAUGCUGUGGACAGUCAAUGCUGAUGAUGUCAUAAUGAUGCCGCAUCACUCCUCAACCUUGCCAGCAAAGUCCCACAGAUCCAAACCCAUUCAGGCUUCUUUGGAGUCUAUAAUUUGCAGCAUGCAAGACAAGCCAUCAGCACACAGAACUGCAGUCUACAAAGGGACAAUUUGUUCUGUUUGCUUUCUGAAUUUAAGAAGCACUCAUCUAAGCAGUGAGCUGUUGGCGGAACUCAAACAUUGCAGAGAUUCGACCCAUUAUAACCUUUGUAAAUUUAUUGGAGCGGCCCUGGAGACCCCUCAGCCCUUCAUUCUUACCGAGUACUGCCCUAAAGGAAGCCUGGAGGACAUUUUGAAGAAUGAGUCUAUCAAGCUGGACUGGACGUUCAAGUAUUCCCUCAUGCUAGACAUUGUAAAGGGCAUGGACUAUUUGCACCACAGUCCCUUGCACUGUCACGGUCGCCUCUCGUCAUCAAGCUGUGUCGUGGACAGCCGCUUUGUCCUGAAGGUCACUGAUUUUGGACUUAACGCAGUCAGGCGUUCAGACUCAGAGCAGAGCCUUGGAUUUGACCCCUGGACUGCUCUGUUGUGGAGGGCACCAGAGCUGCUGAGAGAGUCCAUUUCAGCUAAUGGUACUCAAAAAGGGGACAUCUACAGUUUCGCCAUUAUUGCUCAAGAGGUAGUAUAUCGUAGAGGGCCUUUCUACAUUCCCAACUGUCACUUCAGUGCUAGAGAGAUUGUGGAGCGGGUCAGGGCGAGAGGCUGUAGCCCUUUGAGGCCUCACAUUGACCCAUCGGAGGGUGUAGAGGAACUGGAGGGAAUCAUAGUCAGCUGCUGGAGAGAGAAACCUGCAGAGAGACCAGACUUCUCUUCUCUCAGGACUGCCAUCAAGAAACUCUGUCCUAAUGGGGGCUCUGAGAACAUUCUGGAUAACCUGCUGUCCCGUAUGGAGCAGUAUGCGUGUAAUCUGGAGGAGAUAGUCAGUGAACGUACCGCUGAACUCCAGGAAGAGAAGAAGCGAGCAGAGGGACUACUCACGCAGAUGUUGCCACGAUGUGUAGCCGCUCAGCUCAUAGCGGGAAAGACAGUGAGAGCAGAAACCUACGACUGCGUAACCAUCUAUUUCAGUGACAUUGAAGGCUUCACAGCCAUGUCAGCAUCCCUCACGCCAAUGCAGGUAGUGAACGUGCUGAAUGACCUGUACACAUACUUCGACAAUAUCAUAGACAACCACAAUGUUUAUAAGGUAGAAACCAUUGGUGAUUCCUACAUGGUAGUGUCGGGCCUGCCUACCAGAAAUGGAGAUGACCAUGUAAAAGAAAUAGCAAGUAUGUCAUUAGCUGUGGUGCAGGGCAUGAGGAGCUUCUACAGUCCACACAUACCAGAGCAGCAGCUGAGGGUCCGCAUUGGAGUUCAUUCAGGGCCUUGUGUCGCGGGGGUUGUGGGUCUGAAAAUGCCACGCUAUUGUUUAUUUGGAGACACUGUGAACACUGCCUCCAGGAUGGAGACAUAUGGAUUACCACUGAGGAUCCAUGUGAGCAGUUCCACCAAGUCUCUCCUAGACACUUUCAGGACUUUCCGCUGUGAACUGCGAGGUGACAUCCACAUAAAGGGAAAGGGCUGGGUGAGGACAUACUGGCUUUUGGGAGAGGACUACUAAACCAGAUCCCUUUUUUCAAUACUUUUUUAACAUGAUUUUUUAACAUGAGUAUAUUACACUAUAUUUCUACUUUGUAUUGCAUGUUUGCAAUAUUUUAGUUCAAGAAGCAAAUGUUUGGGGUUGGGAAGAUUUUUUUUUUUUUUUUUUUUUUUUUUUAUGAAUUGUGUAUUUCGUAUUAUAUAUUUAUGUAAAAUACAGUAAAAACAACAACAACAAUAUUUUUACAAAUAUUAUUACACACACACACACACACAUAUACAUGCAUACAUACUGUACAUGUACACAUAUAUUAAAUAUAACUGUUUUCCUCUUGAAUAUAUUACUCCAGUCUUCAGUAUAACCAUUUAGAAAUAAUGUUUCUUGAACACCAAAUCAUUAUGAUUAUCAAAUUUGUGCUGCUUGAUAUUUAUGUGAAAAGUGAGAUUUUUUUUUUCAGGGUUUUUUGGUGAAUAGAAAAUUAAAAACAUGAUUUUACUGUCUCUUUUGAUAAAAAUGUAUGUAUCCUUGCAGAAUAAAAGUAUUUACAUAUAUAUAUAUAUAAAUAAAUAUAUAACACUUAAAAGUAGUAUAAACAGUAGUGCAUAUCAAAACCAAAAAAAGUCUUCAAAUAUCUUUUAACAACAUAUACACCAAUUCGUAAUUUACAAUAUUCUCAGCACAGCCUCUUAGUUGUUCCCCAAACAUGGUUGUGAUCCAGGAGUGACAGGGCCUUUACAAGGCAUGCUCCAAAUCUGUGGAAUUCUCUCCCAAUUGACAAUGGGAUGAUAAUUCUUUAACUGUUUUUAAAACUUUUCCCAAAAACAUUCUUUUUCAGGAAUGCUUGUAUUUAUUUAUUUUUUUAUUGUAUUGUUUUGUGAUUUAUUUUUUGUUGAAUUUAUAGUAUGUUUUCUUAUAUUGUUGUGUUUUCCUUUAAUGUAAGCUUUCAUGUAAAGAACUUUGAGAAAGAAACGUUUAAAGGUGCUAUAUAAAGAAAUUUAUUAUUAUUAUUAUAUUCAUCUAUAUAUUAAUCAAAAAUUGAUUGGGCACCAUAAUGAAAUGGAAAAUAAUAGCCAGAAAGAUCUGAUAUUUCCCUUUUCAAUUAUUCAGAUAUUUGUUUGCAGGGCCAGACUGGGACGCAAUUUCAGUUGGGGAAAUCUCACUUGUACCUUUUUGGGUACAGCAGCUUGACAUUAUAGCAGUACACUGUACAUAUUAGUACCUUAAGAGUAGGAAUUCAUACCCUUAAGCUGCUACCUGUUAGGGGUAAAAGAUGAACAAAUAUGUCCUUUUAAGGGUCCUGUGUCAGUGACGAACUGUUGUACCUCAAAAGGUGCAAUUUUGGCCCGUUAUGUCCUGUAUAUAGCCUAUACUGUAUAUCCACAACAAUUUCUGAAACCAGACAACCCUAUUAUUUGUAUGGCCAUCACAUAAAAAAUGUCUACUUUGUCUGGGGCCGAGGAAAAUAAUUAAAGGUUAUCUCUUGCA